GAAUUAAACAACAACCAAUCAAUCAAAAGCUCUUUAUAAUUUUCAUGACGACGUCAUAUGUGUCCGCCAUUUAGAAUUCUUUUAGAAAAUCGAAGAAAAUCGAAGAAAACCUAUGUUUUAUAAGGAAGUACAUAAAGGAGUUAAAUGUGGAAAAGAAUGGUAUUUCUUGGGUUGUUGUUUAUUUUGUUGCCUAUUUAUCAUGUUUUAUCUGACUGUCCAAUUGGUACUUAUCCAUCAUAUCAUAUCAAUGUUUGUGAAAGAUGCUUACCAGAAUGCCGUAGUGGACAAAUUAUGAUUGCAAAAUGCAACCAAACAAAUAAAUUUAUCUGCCAAUGCCCAUCCAAUAAAUACUGGGAUGGAAAUUUGGCACUUUGUCAGUUGUGCAAGUCAUGUGGCACAACAGAAAUAGUGUCACAAAACUGCACUCAUGUCCACAACAGAAAAUGCAGCAAUUGCCCUUUGGGGACCUUUGUAAAGAGUCCAUAUCAGUGUGAAAAGUGCUCACAUUGUGAAGAAGGGGAAGUUGUGGCGCGGAAAUGCAAUGGUUCUAAAGACACAUUGUGUAGUAGACCUUUUUCUAGAAAACCUCUAUUCAUAGGAGACAGUAAUAAACCAGCUUUUACCCUUACACAACCAGAACCCUCUGAUGAUCCAGAAAAGGUAGAAAAAAAUAACACGACAGUGGUAAUAUUGUCAAUUAUGGUGGCAUUGUUUGUUGUUGCCCUUUUACUGGUCUGCCUUUGUUGGCAUUGUUCUUCAAAUAUACAGAGAAGAAAUAAAUACCCUGAAUCAUCAUUCACUGAUGAUUCUGAGAUUGAUGAUUUUGUCAAGAAAAGACCAUUGCCUCCUGUUAGAGAAACUGGCUUGAUGUUGAGAGAUCUAAAUCCUGAAACGUUUGAGAAUCUGUGCUGUCUAUUAAAUCCAGAAGGAUCACGAAACUGGAAGGUACUAGCAGGGAAACUCGGCUACAGCCAAUGCAAAAUACAAAAUUUUAAAUUAAACCGAAAUGAAGCCUGUCAAAGCCUUUUGCAAGAAUGGGGCACAGAAGGAAACACAACUGUGUAUGUUCUUUACAACCAUUUACUGGCAAUGCAAAGGGAUGAUUGUACAGAACUAUUACAAAAAUACCUUGUGCAAGAAAAUCAGGUGUGAGUGGUCUUUGAAGGAAAGAAGGAGCCAGCCUGUUGGGCUCAGGUUUGAUUGUUGUUUUUUUUGUGGGAGGUAGUCUUACUAAACAUUCAGAAGAAUGAGGGAAAAGGUAUUAUCCUUUCAUCAUUUUUAUUCGAAAAUAUUUUUAAUAUACCAAAAGACUUUGUGUAAAAACAGUUUGUAUAUUUUCCAGUAAAGUUUACCUCUAUUACUAGUUUCAAUGAUAAGGCCAGUCCAAAUUUGUUUGCAUUAGUUGGCAAUUUUCUCUCACCAAUGAAGAAGAAUUAAGCAACUAUAUUCAAUAUUUCCCAAAUUGAAGGGCUUAGAGGCCGUUGACAUGGAGAAAACUUGUCCCUGGUAGCAGGGACACCUAUCUACUCAAGCCUUUACAUGGAAAGAAGUUGUCCCUAUGAACCUGGGACAACUAUCGGUUUCAAUGGUGAUAUGCAUACUCAAACAAAAAAGUUGUCUCGGUUAGGUGAGGGGAAAAGUUGUCCCGGGUACCAGGUUCACCCUCUUUCGCAAAGAGGGUAAGCCUACCAGUAGGGUGACUCUUCUAGCCGAGGCAAAGUAAAAUACCUCAUGUAAACGGUUGAGAUGAAUUUACAAAGAAAAUAGGGAAAAGUUAGCUUGCCCAGGGUAGCUCGAGGAAGAGGGUUUCCCUUCUACCAGGGACAAAAUUUUCCUUAAACCCGCAUAUAUUCAAACUGUCUUUUGUUGUGCCGACUCCUAAAUUUUUUAUUUAUAGUUUACAAUUUAAUAUAUUUUUUGUUAUAAAGAAAACAAUAGCAGUUUUUUUAAAGUUUUAAUGUAUCUACCAGAAACGCCUAUAUAUAAAAAAAUACUUACCAGUAAUAUUUUUAGAAAAUAGCAUAAAUUUCUAUAUUUUUAUAUUUGUGUAACCUGUCUUAGUAGUAGUAUUUGCGAAGAGUCAAAACGAGUUAUUGAGAGGGGAAUAAAGUUUAGCAGACCGAUUUUAAAAUGAUUUUCUCAAACUCAUUAAUAAUGUAUGAGCAUUAAACACGAAAUCAGAAGGACGAAUUUUGUCAGGUGAAUGAGGCUUUGACAUGGUCACGUGAAUAAAAAGUUUUUACAUAUAA